AUAUUUUUUUCUCCAAUCUGAAGCGCUGGGCGACAAAAAAUUUGUUUUCAUAAAUCCUAAAACGGAUCGUGGUCCGCGGCGGUUAACCCUAUCCGCGUCCCGUGUCUUGAACUUCAACUUGCUCGAUUAGCAAAAAAAACCUGGAGCAGUAAAUUGAUAUUCCCACCCCUGUCCGCUCUCUAUCCCCAUCGCUUGGCUUUAUAUAUCCAGCUCCUACGGUCGUGGAGAUAAAAGAAAUGGUUUGAGGAAUCUGUUUGUUCGUCUACAAUUGCCUCUUGCUCCAAACAAAACUGACCUAAUGUCUCACCAGCUCACACGCGUUUCGUCACUGCUGCAAACGCUAGAGCAGCAGCAAGCUCUAGCGCUCCAACAACUCUGCUGCCGCCGACGCGCCUUCCAGACCUCCUCGCGCACAGCAUCAGCAUCAGCAGAAACAAAGACGAAGAAGUAUGACCGCCCGCAGAACCGCCUGCCGGCAGCGUACUACCGCGGCGGCACCUCCCGCGCAAUCAUGUUCAACCAAGCCGAUCUGCCCGAGUCACGCGAGGCCUGGGCGCCAAUCUUCACGGGCACGAUCGGAUCUCCCGACUCGAACGGGCGGCAGCUCGACGGCAUGGGCGGCGGCAUCUCGUCAUUGUCCAAGAUCUGCGUCGUGGGCGCGCCCGCUGGAGCUGCGAAAGAAGCGGAUGUGGAUUACACGUUUGCGCAGGUCGAGGUCCGGAAUACGCAUGUGGACUACGCGAGUAACUGCGGCAACAUGAGCGCCGCGAUCGGCCCGUUUGCGUAUGACUGGGGCCUCGUCGACCGGGCGUCGGUGCUGAACGCAGACAAGAAGACAGCGACGGUGCGGAUCCACAACACAAACACGCGCAAGAUCAUCCACUCUACGUUUCCCGUGAUUCCGGGCGCGGAAGCGGUCUCGGACGGCGAGUUUGCGAUCGACGGCGUCAGCGGGACGGCGGCGAAGAUCCAGCUCGAUUUUAUCAACCCGGGCGGGUCAAAGACCGGCAAGCUGCUGCCGAGCGGGAACGUCGUCGACGUGUUUGACGACCUGCCGGGAUUCGACAGGCCUGUGUCGGCGACGCUGAUUGAUGCUGCCAACCCGGUGAUAUUCAUCAACGCGGACGCAGUCGGCCUGCGCGACCCGGCUAUCCUCCCCGACCAGCUCGAGCUGCUUCCGGACGUUCUCGCCCGUCUCGAGACGAUCCGCAACUACGGCGCGCUGAAGAUGGGGUUCGUCAAGACGCUCGAGGAAGCGCAGCUGACGACCUCGGUGCCCAAGAUCUGCGUCGUUUCACGGCCGGUCUCGCACAUUUUGUUUGAUCGCAAGACCACGCUCUCUGCGACCGAGAUCGACGUCGUCGUGCGCGCAAUGUCCGUCGGACAACCCCACCGCGCGAUCCCGAUCACCGUCGCGCUAGCGACUGCUGCUGCUGCGCGACUGGAGGGAUCGGUGGUGCACGACGCGCUGGCGAAGAAUCGGGAGCCGGCGGAUAAAGACGGCAUCACGAUUGGGCAUUCGAGCGGGAAGAUCGUGGUCGGGGCGAAGUUUGAGGGCGGAGAGGGAGAUGAGCCGUUGAAGCUUGCGCAUGCUACUGUUUACAGGACCGCGAGGAGGUUGUUUGAGGGGGUCGUCUACUGGAAGUAGAGAAGAUGCUUAAGAUGAUUUUGUAUAGAAUCAGUGACCGAACCUGAUAGCCUCCUACACCAAACCUCUAUAAUAAAAAAUCAGAACAAAGCAGAUCAGAACAUCUACUG